AAGGGGCGGAGCCCAGGGGCAUCAGCUAUCCCCCUGCUUCGCGUGUCCGAUAGCCCCGUCCCCCCUCGUGUGGCGGGCCUUGGGAACGCUGAGCACCCCUGUGGCCCCCGCCUUCCCGCUUCGCCCCAAGUACGACCUUGGUGCUCUGCGGGGCCCACGGAACUCUGAGGCCCCGGUCGGGCCCGGUACUACUGGGUGAAGACCCCGUGCCAGGAGCGCCGUCCGCCCUUCUUCCCGCGCGACUACAGCCUCGUCCUUGCUACCGCACCCCUUUGGGGCCGGGGUUGGGCCAUACUCACCACAGCGAAGCGGACGUGGAGCGGGUCCCCGUCGCCGGCAUAAUGGUUAUGAAAGCUUCUGUCGAUGAUGAUUCAGGUUGGGAGCUCAGUGUCCCUGAAAAAAUGGAAAAAGGCAAUACAAACUGGGUGGACAUAACUCAAGAUUUUGAAGAAGCUUGUCGAGAGCUGAAGUUGGGAGAACUGCUUCAUGAUAAACUAUUUGGUCUUUUUGAAGCCAUGUCUGCUAUUGAAAUGAUGGAUCCCAAAAUGGAUGCUGGCAUGAUUGGAAACCAAGUGAAUCGAAAAGUUCUCAAUUUUGAGCAAGCUAUCAAGGAUGGCACCAUUAAAAUCAAAGACCUCACCUUGCCUGAAUUGAUAGGGAUAAUGGAUACAUGUUUCUGCUGUUUGAUAACAUGGUUAGAAGGCCAUUCCUUGGCACAGACAGUAUUUACGUGCCUUUAUAUCCAUAAUCCAGACUUUAUAGAAGAUCCUGCCAUGAAAGCUUUUGCUCUGGGAAUCUUGAAAAUCUGUGAUAUUGCAAGGGAAAAAGUUAAUAAAGCUGCUGUUUUUGAAGAGGAAGAUUUUCAGUCAAUGACGUAUGGAUUUAAAAUGGCUAACAAUGUGACAGAUCUUCGAGUUACAGGCAUGCUAAAAGAUGUGGAGGAUGAUAUGCAAAGAAGAGUAAAGAGUACUCGAAGUCGACAAGGAGAAGAAAGAGAUCCAGAAGUUGAACUAGAACACCAGCAAUGUUUAGCUGUCUUCAGCAGAGUGAAAUUUACUCGUGUAUUACUAACAGUGCUUAUAGCAUUUACUAAGAAAGAGACCAGUGCUGUUACAGAAGCUCAAAAAUUGAUGGUUCAAGCAGCAGAUCUUCUGUCUGCCAUUCAUAAUUCAUUACACCAUGGCAUCCAGGCCCAGAAUGACACUACAAAAGGAGAUCAUCCAAUUAUGAUGGGUUUUGAACCCCUUGUGAAUCAGAGGCUACUUCCACCUACCUUCCCUCGAUAUGCAAAAAUAAUUAAAAGGGAAGAAAUGGUUAACUAUUUUGCAAGACUAAUAGAUAGAAUAAAAACUGUAUGUGAGGUUGUGAACUUAACAAAUUUACAUUGUAUCCUGGAUUUUUUCUGUGAAUUUAGUGAACAGUCACCAUGUGUUCUUUCAAGGUCUCUGUUACAAACCACUUUCCUAGUGGAUAACAAAAAGGUCUUUGGAACUCAUCUCAUGCAAGACAUGGUGAAAGAUGCCCUUCGGUCUUUUGUCAGCCCUCCGGUGCUUUCCCCCAAGUGCUGCCUGUAUAAUAAUCACCAGGCUAAGGACUGUAUUGACUCUUUCGUGACUCACUGUGUUCGGCCUUUUUGUAGUCUUAUUCAGAUCCAUGGACAUAACAGAGCUCGUCAGAGAGAUAAGCUUGGUCAUAUUCUUGAGGAAUUUGCUACCUUGCAAGAUGAGGCAGAGAAGGUUGAUGCAGCACUUCACACUAUGCUGUUGAAACAGGAACCCCAAAGGCAACAUUUGGCCUGUUUAGGAACCUGGGUCCUUUACCAUAACCUUCGAAUUAUGAUACAGUAUCUCCUAAGUGGCUUUGAGUUGGAACUCUAUAGCAUGCACGAAUACUACUACAUAUACUGGUAUCUCUCUGAAUUCCUUUAUGCAUGGUUGAUGUCAACACUGAGUCGUGCUGAUGGGUCUCAAAUGGCAGAAGAAAGGAUAAUGGAAGAGCAACAGAAAGGCCGUAGCAGUAAAAAAACAAAGAAAAAAAAGAAAGUUCGCCCAUUGAGCCGUGAGAUCACAAUGAGCCAAGCCUAUCAGAACAUGUGUGCUGGAAUGUUUAAGACCAUGGUAGCAUUUGACAUGGAUGGCAAAGUGCGCAAACCCAAAUUUGAGCUUGAUAGUGAACAAGUGCGGUAUGAGCAUAGGUUUGCUCCGUUCAAUAGUGUGAUGACACCACCACCAGUGCACUAUCUACAAUUCAAGGAAAUGUCUGAUCUCAAUAAAUAUAGCCCUCCUCCUCAGUCUCCAGAGCUGUAUGUGGCAGCUAGUAAGCACUUUCAACAGGCAAAAAUAAUAUUGGAAAAUAUUCCCAGCCCAGACCAUGAGGUCAAUAGAAUUUUAAAGGUUGCCAAACCCAACUUUGUGGUUAUGAAGUUAUUGGCAGGAGGUCACAAAAAAGAGUCAAAGGUUCCUCCAGAAUUUGAUUUCUCUGUUCACAAAUAUUUCCCUGUUGUGAAACUUGUUUGAGAGACUGAAAAGGGCUGGCCACCUUAUCUGAGUUGCAGGCUGGGCUCUGGGAAGAGGCCAGCAUGAGUACCACCCUCAACCUCUAACUUGGAACAUACUCAAAGCACCACCCUGACACCACAUAACACACACAAGGGGAUCUGGAGCUGGAGAAGCAAUGAAGCACAGCAUUCCUUAUCUCAGCUGAAAGAGCAAAUGAAAACUUUACUUAAAUAACUCCCAACAAACCCACAGCCACAGAUGGUAGACAAGCAUACAGGGGCUUCAAAACAGAGAGGCAGCAGCUUCCUGAGGAGCUGACAGCACAGAUUAUCCACCAUGCCUGGACCUUUCAGCCUACAAAGAAGAAACACUGGUUCACUUGCUCUCAACCUGCCAAGUUAAGCACCAAGGGCCUCUCUCUCAGCAGUGUGAAUGAAGUCAGUUGCUCACAUUCCAUUUCUGUAGCAGUAAAUGGAACUCAGUACAAAGUUGAAGGCUUGAGACACAGGUUAUGCAGAUUGUGUUACUUCCUGGGAGCCCCAGGUAGUCCAUUUCCUACAUGUACACACUGAAUAUCUCAGCAUUAAUUGGGACUGAACUGUAGGCACAUAGAGGACUUGGCUCAAUUGUUGACUUCACUACCAUUAGGAUUCCUGGGCUUAAUCCAGGACCCUAUCAAGGUGGGUGAUCUCAUUGUCCAGGACACUGACCACCCCUCUGAGUAUAGCUACUACAUUUGCAAACUUUCCUCAUGUGUGCAGAUGACACUGUGAGUAGUUCAUCUCCUGAGCUGACUCUAGGGAGAAAGAUGAAUGAAUGCAUGAUCAUGUAGUAAUGUCUGCACAGAUGAAGAAGGAAAAGUGGGAAUGUGUGCUGCCUGAUGACCCAGCAAAAACAAGACUUGUGGAAGCUAGACCUUUCUACUGGCUUCUGUGGUCUCUUCACUGCCUUCUAGAAAAGAUUAACCAGACAAAGUGAGGUAAUGGUAGUAUGCAAUUAUGCCUGAAGGGCCUAUUAAUUCUUAUAAACAGAAUGCAUAACUGUGUAUCCACAUGUGAGUUUGCUAACCAAGUAUCAAGACGUUUUCCUCAAAUUCUCAGAAGGGGUCUGUCAUCCAAAGUGAAGGACAGCUAGCUCUUUCCAGCUUCCAACACUCCACAAACAACAUCCAGAAAAAUUCCUGCAUCUGAACAGGGCUCUGGACACAACUAGUAAGACAGAUGGAGUCAGCCAAAAAAGCUGUCAGUGGAGGCCCUCCAUCCCACUGCCCACUGCCUGAUCACCCUGUUCUGGUUGGUUUCCAGCUAAGUCAAC